CACACAGCACCGUGCGCCGCCGCCGCCUCCAGGAUGCAUCCUGCUCUACGAUGCCCGGGAUAGCGGUGGCACAUCUGCCCGUUUUAUAGCCUCCACCGGCUGUGUGGAAGCGACGUAUCCUCCGUGGACGACUGACAGGAUCCGUGGACGCCGCUGGGAGGAUGCUGCCUCUGCGCUCUGGUGAUCUCUGCUGACCGGCGCGUUUCGGCUCCUGUUUGAGCGGAUAGGACCGCCAGUUGUUGUUUUUGUUUUUUUGCAGCAACCCCAACCAGCCUUUCAGGGGUUGUUAGAGGGGGUGAAAGAUGGGGAGCACGACCUCUUGCUGCGUGUCUGCCAGCCCCAAGCUCCGCAGAAAUGCCCACUCGAGGCUGGAGUCGUACCACCAGGAGUCGGAUCUGAGUAGGGAGGAGACAGGAUGCAACCUGCAGCACAUCAGCGACAGGGAGAACGUCGACGAGUUGAACAUGGAGUACAACCCGUCGGACCAUCCGCGGGCCAGCACCAUAUUCCUCAGCAAAUCGCAGAAUGAUGAGGUGCCGUUCAGGAGCGUGCGAGACAAACGAAAGAGCAUCUUCAUUAAUAAUCAUGGAGCAUCGAGGAGGAAAUACAGCUCCUGCUCCACCAUCUUCCUGGAUGACAACACCGUCAGCCAGCCCAACCUCAAAUACACCAUUAAAUGUGUUGCUCUGGCAAUUUACUAUCACAUAAAAAACAGGGACACAGAUGGAGGGAUGCUACUAGACAUCUUUGAUGAGAAGCUUCAUCCUCUCUCAAAAUCCGAGGUUCCGCUGGAUUACAACCAACACGACCCGGAGCAGAAGCAGAUCUACCGCUUUGUCAGGACGUUGUUCAGCGCCGCUCAGCUCACUGCUGAGUGCGCCAUCGUCACACUGGUCUACCUGGAGAGACUCCUGACCUAUGCAGAGAUCGACAUCUGUCCAGGGAACUGGAAGAGGAUCGUCUUGGGCGCCAUCCUGCUGGCCUCCAAAGUCUGGGAUGAUCAGGCCGUGUGGAACGUUGACUACUGCCAGAUCCUCAAGGACAUCACAGUGGAGGACAUGAAUGAACUGGAGCGACAGUUUCUGGAGCUGCUGCAGUUCAACAUCAACGUGCCGUCCAGUGUCUACGCCAAGUAUUACUUUGACCUGCGAUCGCUGUCAGAGUCCAACAACCUGAGCUUCCCCCUGGAGCCACUCAGCAGGGACAAGGCUCAGAAACUAGAGGCUAUUUCCAGGCUAUGUGAUGACAAGUACAAAGAUGUGCGGAGAGCAGCCAGGAAGCGCUCGGCCAGCGUGGACAAUCUGUGUGGGAUCCGCUGGGUUCCUGCAAUCCUCUCUUAACCACUAAGCAAACUGUCAUGUUCUGAACGCUGGCAUCAGGCUGGAUGAGAAAACUCACACCAACCUGUGGACCUCACACCUUCAGACUGGAUUCGAGCAGAGAGGAACGAGGUCUGUACCUUAACCUGAUGCCUUCACAGUGCCUCAACUCUUCUGUUCUUGUGAGAGCAGUGGGAGUUCCUUGUUUUAAUGUCACCUGUGCAGGAAAAUCAAGCUCAAGAAACAAGCGCCGGACGAGACAGAGCCUUGAAGUUUCUUCGGACAUGGGAAUCAUGUCAAUAUUGGGCACAACCUGCACCUCCACAGCGAAGCAUCUUAUUUAUUUGACUUCAUUAUGGGAACUUUUUGAACAGUUGCGGCUGCCUGUACCUGUAAUGUCGGCAGAAUUUCGCAAACAGAAGUGUAGCACUGGACUUUCUACUGGUUAUUUAUUUCCUUUGACUGGACUUAGAAUAAUAAAAGUGUUAGCGAGUUUUUCUUCUUUGGAAAUCUACAAGGUUUACAGUAUUUAUAGCGCACCUCUUGAUACUCAGGUAGUCUGUUUAAUACGUUGAUUUAUUGCGAUGCUCCUCAUUUCAGCCAUAUCGAGGGUUGAAACACUAAUUUUGAAGUCCGCAGAUGGAAAAAGGGCCAGAACAAAUAAAAAAAAUAACAAUAUUCCCACAAUUCUGAGUGUAAUAUGGACGUUUUGGGAAACAAUCAUUCCAGAAACACUACAGUCUGGAUGAGCCACAGGUUUCACUGUGAACCGUCUUCACAGGAACUUUUCUUCCAGUGAAACUUUUCACAGUGAUUUUUUAAAUUUUUAUUUCUUCUUUCUGGAAUAGGAUCAUUUUGCACCUUACACAUGUGUUUAAAUACACAGUUAGUGUAAAACUCAAGCUUCUAAAUUUAAGUUUUAGACUUAAAUACACUCUAAAGUCCAACCUCAGACAAACAGUAUAACUACAGCUGACAUGCUAACGGAUGGAAGAACGUGGCACAACAUUCCUUUAUUUUUAAUUUAUUCAGUAUUAUAGAGUUAAUUUGGAAUCUCCUGUCCCAUUGGUCUCAUGCUGCCACUGCAGUGUCUUUACUUUUCCUGUGCUGUCGUAUUAAACUUGUUGGACUGAUGCUUGAAGGUUUCUAUCAUGCGAACUGGGGCUGAAUGAUUUGGAGAAUAUAUCAAAUUGCAGUCUUUCUGAUAGUUAUUGUGAUUUGAAUUUCAACCAAUCCUACUUGAGUUUGACAUAAAUAAUAUAAUGAAAUAUUACCCACAAAUAACCAACAGUUUAAAUCCUGGUUUAAACAUAAUGCAGAGCCUGUAUCCUCCAUAGUAGCCUCGGUUGUUUACUAAUUGCAUUGUUUCAAAUUACAUUUUGACUAAUUAAUUGUCCAGCCCUUGUGAAAACCAUUUGACUUAUAUGUACUUCAAACAAACUGCUUCUCUUAUUCCUGAUGAGUUCACAAUCUGUAGUUAUUUCAGUUUUUUUGUUUUUUUUAACAACACAAUAGCACUUCAGCAGCAGAGCCCAUAAUAAACAUUUAAAUAAUAAUAUGAACCAAAGAUAGCUGUAUCAUUGUGGGUCUGGCUGCAACUUAAGAUCUUCUAAAACCUCAAAUCUUAAAAGAGUCCUCUCCAGAAGGUGGUUCAUCAGAAAGACGGUUCUGUGUGAACUGCUAGUUAUCUACCAUUGCCAGUCUGUGACCAACCUGUUGGACCAAUAACGUGUCCUUGAAUCAGGGUUUCUAGGUUCCCUGUGUUCAUUCAGCACAAAUUUAUACUAAACUUUCCUUCAAAUUUGAGAAGCAUUGUUUCAGUAUUUGGUUUUGUUGCUACAGGUGAAGAAAUGAUCAGGUUUUCCAGUUUAUUUUUCUCAUUUGUCUAAAUAAUAAUCCAGAAAAAUAGAAUUAUUUUGCAAAAUUAACUUUGUACAGUGUAUAAAGAGUUCAAGAACUGCGACAGGUUAAUUGUAAAUUAUUUAUGGAUGUGCUGAUUUGUGUUUUUAAUAAAAGGAAAUACUCUUGUUUAAUAA